CCUUCCAAGCUGGAACAUUUACAAUUUACACUCGUGGAUUUUACUAAACCGUUACAGAUUGCGGACAGAAAUUAUAGAUAUAACUGGGGUGAGUCUCUAAAACGUACUGAAUUCAUCAACAUUAUGAUAGUACAGCCUAGACGAGAUUGCAAAAAAUUGAGUGAGGAACGUCGUCCUGUGAGUGAUGAAUGUCUCCGGGAGCUGUUUACUAAGCUAUAAAGAUGCGAGGCGACAUACUAGGGUUAUCUUGCGCGAACAGAUUUAUGAUAAUAAUUUGCGUAUGCUCAAGUUUUCCGUUACCGCCUAUAAUUGUUGGUCGAGUGUGCAACUGUUUCAAAGACUUUGUGUGGAUGGCAAACAAAAGCUGGUCAUGAUGAAAUAUAGUCCGUUCAGAUUUGUUGACUGCUUUAUCUAUGCAAUGCUGUUCACGUUUUUCGCUAUUUUCGGUGGAUGCAAGAGGACAAAUUCCGGCUUUGGUGGGCUGGGCUUAAAUGAUACUCGUGUAUCUGAUAAUCAGGAUCCACCAUUGUGUAGCCAUUUUCUUCUCUCCUGUUAGUGCUUUGCGGUGUAUUCCAAGGCUGUACUUUUGUUUUCCCGAAAAUGCACCACAGAAGAUUGCCUGCAAAAUAAGCUCCAGCCGAUAUGAAGAACACAAUCCUCCAUUGUGCGGGAUCUCGCUGUGAAGGAUCGGAAAAUUUGAAUUAAAAUAAAGUAG